CUGUGAAGGGGGUUGAAGGGUGGGUACAGGCACACAGAAUAGGAAAAUCGAACCCACCACGCCCAAGAACUUACCUUAAUUCAUCUUCGAAUGUUCUAAUCGUUCAUUCGAUCAUCAUGUGUAGCUUCAACAUCGUUUUUCCUAGUCCUUGCAAGAACUGCAAAGGGAGUGAUAGUUUCUUGUCACACUUAUUUGUGACUUUAUGGAAACAGCUAGUAACAAAUAUGCCAAGAUCGCGUGCAGAUAAUAUUUCUACUGCGUUACCUGAGCAAUUGCUGGUCCCAAAUGAGCAUCUCAUUCAACUACUUCUACCAAUGGAUGCCUCAGAAACGACUGGAGUGAAGAAUGAAAUAUCUGAAACUGAAUGGUUCAAUCUCGCUGAAGUUGUCCAUCAUAGCUUGCUUCUGGACAACUUAAUGAAAAAAUUAAAUGCAAUCAAAUUCAACGAGUUUGAUUAUGCAGAGAUAAUUGCAGAACAAUUACACAACAUUGCUGAUUCAAAAACAGAUAUAAGAGAUUUUUGGAACAUUUACUGGCUAACAUGUGGCCACCCUCUCUGUAUAGAAUCCAGUGACAAUACUCCUCUACAUGGAGCCUUGAAACGACUCGAGAUGUGGAACCAAGCUUCAAUCACCUUUGUUUGUCCUACAAAUGAUUUAGGCGAAAGUGAAUUCACAGAUCAAUGGUUUGGCACUCAUGGAAGAUAUGUGGUUGACCAAGAUGAGAAAAUGCCACAAGAUAAUAAUGUUGUCUGGAAAGGUUGCUUAGAAUGUCUUGCCAAUGAACAGAUAGAUGAAAACUGGUGUCUCUCGAGACUGAGUCCAUUUCAACCAUCAAGUUUGCAACCCAGCAAAGAUGAUACAUUUUCUGUUGGUGGAAAAGAUGAGUAUAUUCUUGCUGAGGAUAUCAAGGUCAUUUGUGAAAUGAAUAAAGAUGUUGUGCCAUUUUGGAGGAUCUUUCCAUCACAGUUUUUGUUAUACCACAAGAGUUUGCUGAAGCGAGUUUUCCAAGUCCAAGAAACUGAAGGAUUAGAUUUUGAAGAAAUUUGUAAGAACAAGGAGAAUGUAAUAUUGGCAUCAAUUGAAACCUAUGAUAGAAAAUACUCAGUUAGAACGAAAAGUACAAAAGAUUGGAUAGAAUUUAUGUGCAGUGGAUCAGAGGGACCACAAAAUGAGAAAUUAUCAAAAAGAAGGUAUCCUGUCAACGAGACGUUUUAUCUGGCGUUGUACCCAGUUGAAGCUGGGAUAUUUCUUGCCUAUUUUCUCCGAGCUGACGAUGCGUUUAUCGAGCUUCAGUCCUUGCUUGCUGUUUACCAAGCUAUAUUUCCCAGCAUCAGAGAGAACACAGCCCCAGAAACAAGCUCGGAAUAUGAAGAAUGUCAGGAACGAAAGUGGCUACAAUUACUUGACUUGAUUGAAAGUUCACAAAGAAGUCCAUUAAAGAGCGAGUUUUCACUGGCAGUUCAUUUGGAUGCUUCAGAAAUGUUAAAACAUUUCACCAGAGAUGGAAAACCAAUGAAGAAAGAACUAAAAUCACUUCUCAAAAAGAUUGAAGAGAAACAGCUGGUUUCCACAAUGAAUCAGAAAGAAACAGAGGAAAGUCAUGGAAGAAAGGCUGGGGUGGAAUACUGUUCAGACAAGGCCUUAUCAAGCACCAUUGGUUCCUUUCCAAGAUUGCUCCCAAAACAUGAAACGUUGUCAAUAUGCAACACUCCAAAGACACUUGCUAGAGCUAAGUUACAUGACGUCAAACGCAGAGUAUCAAAAUCAGAAACGUCGAGUAUCAAUGUUGAUACAGAUGCCGAGUUGGACGCAUCAAUGUCACAAAAUAUUCCAUUAGAACAAUUAGAAAAAUCGACAAAGAUAACAAGGCAAGAAAGCAGUAAAAGAUCAUCGACUGAUGAAAAGAUUCUGAAUGCAACGAGACAAGAACAAGCAAAGAGGAAGAGAAGAUCGUUUGAUGCUAACGAAACAGAUAAACCAGAGGCUCCAGAUGCCAAGGAAAAACGGUCAGAUAGACAUAAAAGGCGUUUAGCCCGAGUUGUAAAAAGAUGUUUGCUCAAAUACGGAGUCGAUCCAACAGAAACGUAUUUUCCAACAUGUUCCGAGAGACUGUACUAUCUCUGCAAGAGUUUUUUACAGGAUCUAAAGACAUCAGAAGGUCUCAAUGAUGAAAUGAAAAGACUAGCGGAGUCAAAUGUUGCUACGGUUGUUGAAUUUGAAAAACGACAACAUGCAAGCAAAAUUGGUGGAAAAGCAAAGCACAAAAUGAAGGAUUCAUAAAUUUAUAUAUUUUCAACA